AUGUCAGAAAAGACAUUGUGGGAGAUACCCAGUGGAAAAUUCGAGGUGUACUCAAGGAGAUGGUUGAUGGUUUGGGAAACUAGUUGUCACCAGAUAUGCCUGGUGAAUGUUGCCACAGUUCAUAUUGUUUUGGUGGCUUUGGUUACUGAUGGUAGACUAGGGUCAUGUCCUCAAUUGGGGGUGAAGGCGAGGGGAAAUAGUGGUAAGAGGGAGACGGGUUUUCGUAAGUUGAGAGUAGGAUCGUGGAACAUAGGGUCGCUUACAGGAAAGUCCAUAGAGCUAGUGAAGAGUCUUAAGAGGAGAAAGAUUAAUAUAGCCUGUGUUCAGGAGACUAGAUGGGUAGGUUCCAAAGCUCGGGAUGUAGACGGAUUUAAAUUAUGGCACUCAGGAGGCUCAAGGGAUAGGAAUGGAGUAGGUAUUCUAGUCGACGUGGUCCUUAGGGAGUGUGUGAUAGAGGUAAAGAGGAUCAGUGAUACGAUGAUGUUUAUUAAACUAGUUAUAGACAGGCUUUUUGUGAACGUUGUUAGUGCGUAUGCACCCCAUGUGGGUCUGGAUGAAGAAAUCAAAAGGCUCUUUUGGAAGGAUUUGGAUGAAGUAGUGAGAGGUAUACCUAGUACGAAGUUUUUUUUCAUUGGUGGAGAUUUCAAUGGUCAUAUCGGUACAACUUCUAAUGGUUUUGAUGAUGUCCAUGGAGGCUUUGGUUUUGGGGAAAGGAAUGGCGGCGGGGUUUCUCUCUUGGAGUUUGCCAAAGCUUUUGAGUUGGUUAUUGCUAAUUCGUGUUUUUUGAAGAGGGAUAAUCAAUUGGUCACCUUUAGUAGCACGGUAGCUAGGACUUAG